UAUUAAUAUAGAAGAAAGUUCUAAUAGUAAUAUGAAUAAAAAUUUGAAUGCUGAUACAAACGAAGGUUUAAAUACCAAUAUAGAAGAAAUCAAUUUAAUUAAUGAUAAAGAUAGUCAGAUUAAUGGAGACGAAUAUAAUCGUAAUAGUGAAAAUGAAGACAAUCAUAUUAAUGAAGACAAUUAUAUUAAUGAAGAUGAAUAUAAUUAUAUUAAUGAAGACGCUGAUAAUUAUGCUAGUGAAAAUGAAGAUCAGUUUUUUAGUAAUGACGAUGAUUAUUAUAACUUGAAAGAAAUCGACUAC